AUGUAUCCCGCAAGUCAAGAGCAAGAGACAUACCAGUCGCAUUCACAGGAAACGUACGAGUGGUCUACCGAGGUUCGAAAGGCAUUGACACAAAUCUUCAAACUUCAGGAGUUCCGAUCAAAUCAACUUGAUGCGAUUAACACGACUCUAAGCGGAAAUGAUGUGUUUGUGCUCAUGCCCACUGGUGGCGGUAAAAGUCUCUGCUAUCAGCUACCUGCCGUCAUAGCGAAAGGAGUGACAAAAGGUGUCACCAUUGUCGUUUCACCACUGCUCUCAUUGAUGAAGGACCAGGUCUCCCACUUACUUCAAAAGGGUAUUGCUGCCGUAUGCUUCAAUGGAUCAAUGGAACCACAGACAAGAUCAUGGGCUUUUUCAGAAUUGGCCAAGAACCCUCCUCCAACCAAACUAGUCUACGUGACACCUGAGCUACUUAGCAAAUCUGGCCAAUUCCAAAAUACUGUGCGAUCGCUCCAUAACCGAAAAUUCUUGGCGAGAUUUGUCAUUGAUGAGGCUCAUUGUGUCUCCCAAUGGGGGCACGAUUUUCGCCCCGAUUACAAGCUUCUAGGAAACCUCAAACAGACGUAUGCAAACAUUCCAUUCAUGGCACUAACCGCAACGGCCAAUGACAAGGUCAAGGAAGACGUCUUACACAAUUUGAAUAUGCGAGGAUGCAAGGUAAUCAAGCAGAGUUUCAACAGGGCCAACCUAAAAUACGAAAUCGUACCCAAGAACCCACGAAACAUGGCGCAGAGUAUUCAUGAAUUCGUUACCAAUGGCUAUCGAAAUGCAUCUGGCAUUAUUUAUUGCACUGCACGAAAGCAAUGCGAAGACCUCGCUCUGAAGCUUCGAAAAGAGUUCAAUCUACGAGCGAAACACUAUCAUGCGGCGCUUGAUCCAGUAGAUCGUGAUCGAGUACAACAAGAGUGGCAAGAUGGAUCCGUCCAAAUCAUUGUAGCUACCAUUGCCUUCGGUAUGGGUAUCGACAAAGCCGAUGUUCGAUUCGUCAUUCAUUGCUCCCUACCAUCCUCUUUAGAAGGGUACUACCAAGAAACAGGUCGCGCUGGUCGUGACGGUUCGGUUGCCAUGUGUAGAUUAUAUUAUUCUUAUAGAGAUAAGAUGACGAUCGAAUACUUUAUCGACAACGGUGAUGGUGACUGGCAACAGAAGGAGCGACAACGCCAUAAUUUACGGAUGAUGAUUCAGUUUUGUGAAAACCUGACAGAUUGCCGACGACAGCAAGUGUUGGGCUACUUUGGCGAAAAGUUUGAUGCUACAAUGUGUAAUAAGACUUGCGACAAUUGUAUGGCGAACGCAACGUUGUCCUUUGAGUACCGGGAUGUCACCGAGACGACAAAGACGAUAUUGGCCCUGGUACGAGAGCUUCAAGUGAAUAAGGUGACGUUGAUUCAAGUGGUCGAUAUCUUUCGAGGCACCGCCACCAAAUUCCUGCAGAGCCGUGGAAUUAGUGACCUUGUACCUGGUAUUGGUGCCGGAAAAGCAUUAUCGAAAACCGACUGUGAAAGAAUUUUUAAGCAUUUGAUCCUUAAAGAAGUCCUCGCUGAGCGAUGCGAAACAAAUGCUCAAGGCUUCGUCAUGGCCUAUCUUCAGGUCAGUACCAAUAGAAAGGCAUUGUGUAUGGAAAAUCUGGCUCAUUUAACAUGCUGA